AUGGAGAGAGACGGCUCCAGUCCGAGCACCAUGGACUGGGCGGGCUCCGUGGGGGUCCUUCAGCCGCAGACAGAGGACCCGUCUGGGAGGCCCCCGCUGUCUCUGGGCUUCCAGGUGUCUCUGUCCACCUUCCUCCUGGUGGAGCUGGUCCUGGGCUUCAGUAGUAACCUCACGGUCCUGGUCCUGUACUGCUCCCAGUCCAGUCUGGUGGACUCUGUGAGCAACAUGGUGACGGUCAGUCUGCACGUGCUGGAUGUGGCGGUGUGCGUCUUCUGCCUCCCGCUCACGCUCGUCCUGGUCCUGCUGCCUCCCGGGACCCCCCUGGCCUCUAUGUGCUGCUUCCACGAGGCCUGCGUGACCUUCGCCAGCGUCGCCACUGCGGUCAACGUCCUGGUCAUCAGCCUGGACCGCUACGACAUCUCUGUGCGUCCGGCCAACAGGCUCCUGACCCCUCGGAAGGCGGCGCUGCUGCUGACCGCGGUGUGGCUGGUCUCCGUCGCGGUGUUUUUUAUCCCCGUGUUUGAAAUGUGGAUGGUGGAGGAGGAGCCGUACCUGCCUUCGUCGUACCCGGACACUGACGGUGGCGUGUUGUUGUGGCAGAACAGGACGUCCCUGUGCGGCGGGCGGCGGGGCGACUCCGGCCUGUCCCACCUGGUCCUGCAGGUGCCCAUCUUCUUCACCACCGUGGCCGUCAUGCUCUUCACCUACUCUCGGAUCCUGAGGGCUUUGAACAUUCGCAUCGGGUCUCACAUGAAGACCCAGCGCUUCAGGAGCUCCAGGAGCAGGACCUGUCCUCUGAGGAAGACUGAGAAGAGGAGGAGGAAGGUGCAGGACGUGGGGGAGGAGCAGUGCACCGCAGACGGGACCAAGCAGCAGAGCCACCCUCCUCUGAUCCCCUCCCCCACCCCCACAGCCACCUCUCCCCCAGCCGUGGCCCCAGCUAAAGCCGCAGCUGCCCCGGUGGCUCACACACUGGGCGUCCAGGCCUCGGUGUCCGCCAUCAUCGCCCUGAGGCGGGCAGUGCGGCGCCACCGUGACCGUAGAGAGCGACAGAGGCGUGUGUUCAGAAUGUCCCUCAUCAUCAUCACCUCCUUCCUCUGCUGCUGGGGGCCUCUGUCUGUGGCCAACCUGCUGCUCCUGGCCCUGGGCCCCAGCGACGCCCUGCUCACGGUACGCCUCUGCUUCCUGACUCUGGCGUACGGCUCCACUGUGAUGCAUCCGCUGCUCUACGCUUUUACACGACAGAAACUACGGCGAGCGCUGAGGUCGAAGGUGAAGAAGAGGGUGGUGUCUCUGCUGCAGGUUGACCCGUCUCCCGGAGGAACUGUGAUCCAUAACUCGUGGGUGGAGACCAGGAAGACCCCGCGACAGGUGCAGGAGGCGAGCGAAGGCACCGAGCGCUGUCUGGCAGAGGUGCUGUAG